AGGUGUAUGAAGCGAAUCUGGAGUAGAUGUAGAAUCUUUGCUCGUGAUUAUCGUUUCAAUUCCGGCAAUGGGAGAGACUGGAGACGUUUACGGUCAGCAUCGGCUGCUUUGACAACAGCUAGCGCACUUGUAGCCUACCAAGGAGGUGCUGCUUUCAAGAAAAAUGACGUGUUGGGGCGCGAUGAAAGGGAACGUUAUCAAGUCCAUACGGAUCACAAACUUACGAAGCGGGAGUUGCGCUUCCUGGAGUUCGCUUCCAUCGAGUACGAUGAUGUCAUCUACAUGAGUCCUAUGGAUUUUAUCGACUCUUUGACCUUGGAUAGUCCUCGGGAGCGUGUGUACAGACGAGUUCUAAAGGAUGGAGACUUGAAGAAAAUGCUCAGAGCAACGCCACCGUUCCGAUUAGGGAGUAAGGAUCUCUUUCGAACGCUCGACCAAAAUGGGCUUAUAUCUUACUCGGAAUACAUCUUCCUCCUUACUCUCAUCACAAAGUCAAAAUCAGCGUUCAAAAUCGCAUUUCUAAUGUUCGACAAGGAUGACAAUGGAAGGAUUGACAAAGACGAGUUCUUAUUGAUACGUAGCUUGACGUCUUCACUUCGUUCCACCCGUGGCCCGCAACAAAAUCGUUCAGAAGAUCCAUGUCAAUUGGAUAUCAGCGAUUUUCAAUUUAUGGUAUCACGUUAUCGUCAACGACUUUUUGAAGGGUCUGACUCAUAUGCUCUUCUUUAUACAAAAAGCGAGGACGAAGUCAAAAAGCAGGACACGACAUUGUUGCUGCAUUUAUUCGGCAUGAAUGGUAAUGGAAAGUUAUCUUUCGAAGAGUUUAGGCGCUUUUAUGAGAAUCUACAAGAGGAGAUAAUGGAGAUAGAGUUCCAUGAGUUUGCUCGUGGCAAACCUACCAUAUCCCCAAUGGAUUUCGCUCGCUUAGUUCUGAGGUAUACCAUCGUACAUCAGGACGAUUACCACACCUACAUAAGUCGAGUCAAAGAACGUACCUCUCCAGACGAUAAAGGCGUAACGCUGAGCCAGUGA